AUGCCCAUUUCUUCCUCCUUCGUCUUCUUCUUCCUAUUCCUCUGCCUCCCCCACCGCCGGUCCACCGCUUUCCCCGUCCGCCGCAUUCUCCACCAACCCUUCUUCCCGCUCGACACCCUCCCACCCGCACCAUCCCCUUCAUCCCUCCCCCCACCACCGCCUCCCCCUACGCCGCCGGCGAAACUCCCUUUCUCCAACACCGGAACCCCAACCGCCACAAAUCCCGCCUUCCCAUUCUUCCCGACCUACCCUUCCCCGCCUCCACCGCCGUCCCCCUCCACGUUCGCUUCCUUCCCGACCAACAUCUCGUCACUGAUCCUCUCUGAAUCCCCUUCUUCAAAACCCCCUUCUUCCUCCCACAAGCUACUCGCUCUCUCCCUCUCCUUCCUCGCCGUCGCUGUUAUCGUCUCCGCCGUUCUUGCCUUCUACUUCUGCCGCCGCCAGAGGAGUGCCAACGAACCACCACCCGGUCACGAUGCCAAAACCCAUGCCUCAUCCGACCGCCACAGCAGCAGCCGGUUCUAUGCCGUGAAUCCAGAUCGGGGCUCCGGAUCUAGGCACAAGCUCCGCCCCACGAAUACCAGCUCGGAGUUUCUGUAUCUCGGGACGCUUGUGAAUUCCCAUGGAAUUGGGGAUGGUGGCGGGUCGAAUCCUGCUGCUGCCGUUGAGUCUCCGGUCGUGGGGAAGAUGGAUUCGCCGGAGCUCCGGCCGCUCCGGCCGCUGAAUCGGCAGAAUCCAGAUGGUUUUGGGUCCCCUGAGGAUGAUGAGGAAGAGGAGUUUUAUUCUCCCAGAGGGUUGUUGGGCGGCGGAGGGAGGGAUAGUUCGGUCGGGGCCGGAUCCGGGUCGAAUAGGAUGUUUCGGGAUAUGGGUGGUCCGGGUCCGGAUUUUGGAGAAGGGGAAACUACUGAUUCGAUUUCUUGUUCUUCCGAUUCGUCGUCUGGAUCUCCGGCGAGGUCUCAGUCGGUUAGCAUUUCUCCUCCCGCGAGUUUGUCCCCGCGGAAUAAGAGCAAGACGUCCCCUGAAUCCGCUCGGGUCGUUUAUCCGGGUCCUGCUCCUGCUCCGCCGUGCCCGCCGAUGCCACCACGGCGGUAUGAGAACGAGUUGUUGUCGUCUGUGAUUUACAAUUCAGGGGGGGUUAGGUCUCGGGUUUGGGUUUAG